UAUAUCAUACAUUUGCUAAGUUGUUUAGUAAUAAUCUAACCAACGUAACCUAAAAAGAACGAAAUUAAUUAUUGUUAAACUCACAACCGGAUCUUCUACACUGUCCAUUACACAAUACAUCGCAUUUUUCACAAUACGCAAAAAAUGUAUUUGAUUUUUUCGUGUGACUGUGUAUGAGAAUCGACGAAUAUUUCUGGUUUUAAAUAUCUACAUAUGCAAAUAUUUAAAAAACCUUGUUUAUGCAACGUAACGAUUCAAGUUUUUCAUUUAUAUAUAUAAUAACUGCUACGACUCUUAAUGAAUUUUCUAUAAAAAAGUUACAAUUAAUAGAUUGUUGGAAGGAAAUUGUAUAAAUUUUGUUUUAUUUAAUUAUAUAAAGAAAUGUUGAGGAGAAGGCACGUUAACAUUAAGACUGUGAAAGAACUUGAUGCAUUUCCUAAAGUACCUGAACCAUAUGUAGAUAAAACUGCAGUUGGUGGGACUUUUUCUAUUUUUACAUUUUGUAUUAUAGCUUAUUUAAUAAUAGCAGAAACAAGUUAUUUCCUUGACAGUAGAUUACAAUUCAAAUUUGAACCAGAUACAGAUUUUGAUGCAAAAUUGAAAAUUAAUAUUGAUAUAACUGUGGCAAUGCCAUGUGGUCGUAUCGGAGCAGAUAUUUUAGAUUCUACGAAUCAGAAUUUAGUAGGUUUUGAUACUUUAGAAGAGGAAGAUACUUGGUGGGAGUUGAGUUCAGAGCAAAGAUCACAUUUUGAAGCUUUGAAAUAUAUGAAUUCAUAUUUAAGAGAAGAGUAUCAUGCGAUUCAUGAAUUACUUUGGAAAUCUAAUCAAAUUACGUUGCGCAGCGAAAUGCCAAAAAGAACUCACGAGCCAUCAUAUAUGCCAGAUGCAUGUCGAAUUCAUGGUAGUAUAAAUGCAAAUAAAGUAGCUGGAAACUUUCACAUAACUGCUGGGAAAUCUUUACCUCUUCCGAGAGAUCACAUACAUAUUUCUGCAUUUAUGACUAGUAGAGAUUACAAUUUUACUCAUAGAAUUAAUAAGUUUUCUUUUGGAGGGCCUAGUCCUGGUAUUGUACAUCCUCUUGAAGGAGAUGAAAAAAUUGCUGACAAUAAUAUGUUGCUAUAUCAGUAUUUUGUGGAAGUAGUUCCCACUGAUAUAAGAACUUUGUUAAAUACAUUUAAAACAUAUCAAUAUAGCGUAAAAGAUCAUCAAAGACCUAUCGAUCAUUUAAAAGGAUCUCAUGGAAUACCUGGCAUAUUUUUUAAAUAUGAUAUGAGCGCUUUGAAGAUAAAAAUUACUCACCAACGUGAUACCAUAACACAAUUUUUAGUAAAAUUAUGUGCUACAGUUGGAGGUAUAUUUGUUACGAGUGGUUUGAUAAAAAAUAUUAUACAAAGUUUUUGGUAUAUCAUGUCUUGCAAAUUUUUCCAUAAUGAGCCUGAUAUAAAUAAUCAAAGAGCAUCUGUUUACUCUGUCGCAAGAAAUUACGAAAGUCCGCAAACUAUAAAUUUACUUCAAGUUUCAGCACCCGAUAAUAUUGAUAUUAUGUUAAAACCUCAGAAAAACAGUUAUAUAAAUUGAUUUUAUUAAGCAUUAACCAUUAUGGUAUUAAUAUGCUGCAUUAAUUUUACAAUAAUUUUUGCUAGAUACCUAACAUAUUUGUUGAAUCUAGUAAAUAUUGUAAUAUAAUUAACACAUUCAAGACCAGUUCUACGUCAUUUCGAAAUAUGUAGCUCAAUGUUAGCAAUGUUAUCCUACACAAUUAAAAAAAAAUAUUCAAGUUUAAUUAUUAAUUUAUUUUUUCAAUUUUGUUUGAUUAUUAAAGUAUUUAUUUUUAUUGUAUUUGUUCGUGAAAUUUGGUUAAUUGUAGUAUUAUUUCUUAAUUUAAGAAUAUUUUAUAUAUUUCCAGUUAUUAUUAUAUACGGUAUUCAACUAAACAUCUUGCAUGAACAACACCGAUCGUGAAUGUGUCAAAGUAUUAUUGUGCAUAAAGAAAAUUUGAAAUAUAGAUCUAAUAUAAAUAAU